CCCAUCUGGUCCUUUUUGUCCUUCUGCGAAGCGUCGGGGUGGGAGGAGAGGGAUGGGGGUGAGAUGCGGGCCCUCCCCCCCGCCUCGUUUUCCCCACCCGCGGAGGAUGGCGAAGAGACCGACUCCUGUCCCCUUUUUUGCCUCUGCCCGGCGUUAAUGCAGGAUGGAGAAGCAAAGAUAAAAUCAGUUGGAUUCAGACGAGUUUACUAGCUCCGUGGGAACGGCGGCAGAGCUGGAGGUGGGGAGACCCACUGGAUUCCAUCUGGUCAGCCUCCUGUUCGGCUACUAGGGAGGACUGGGAGAUGCUUGGGACGCUGCGGCCUCAAACGUGCAGGUCAGCGCCUUGCAAGGAGGCAGUGAGGUCUCCGGCACUGCAGCUGGGAAAGGCCCGAGCUUCUGGGUCGGGAAAACAUGUCCCGUCGGAAACAGACCAAUCCAAAUAAAGUUCACUGGGAACAGGUGUUCGCUGGGCUGGAGGAGCACGCCCGCCAAGCGAUGAUGAAAACUGAUUUUCCUGGAGACCUUGGGGGCCAGCGGCCAGCCAGCCAACAGCUGAGAGAUCAGGACUCCAGUAGCAGUGACAGUGAGGGUGAUGAAGAGGAGACCACCCAAGACGAAGUUUCUUCCCACACGUCUGAGGAGGAUGGCGGGAUGGUGAAAGUGAAAAAAGAAUUAGACGGUGCAGAGCAGAAUGUUGGUGGGAAUGAAGUGGUUGGGGGACAGGAGGUUACUGAGAAUUUGAACUCUGACCCUAUUCUUGUGCUCUGCCAGUGUCCCCUAUGUCAGCUGGACUGUGGUAGCCGAGAGCAGCUCAUUGCUCACGUAUAUCAGCACACGGCGGCUGUGGUGAGCGCCAAGAGUUACAUGUGCCCAGUGUGCGGCCGGGCCCUCAGUUCCCCGGGAUCGCUGGGCCGUCACCUCUUGAUCCAUUCGGAAGACCAGCGGUCCAACUGUGCCGUGUGUGGGGCCCGUUUCACCAGUCAUGCCACUUUCAACAGCGAGAAGCUACCAGAGGUUCUGAAUGCCGAGUCUCUUCCCCCUAGCCACAGCGAAGGCCCCUCCAGCACCGAGGGGAAGGACAUUGCCUUUAACCCGCCCGUCUACCCCGCUGGCAUCCUGCUCGUGUGCAACAACUGUGCCGCCUACCGCAAGCUUCUGGAGGCCCAGGCCCCCGGCGUGCGGAAGUGGGCGCUCCGGCGGCAGAACGAGCCCCUGGAGGUGAGGCUGCAGCGGCUGGAGCGAGAGCGCACGGCCAAGAAGAGCCGGAGGGACAACGAGACGCCCGAAGAGCGGGAAGUGAGACGCAUGCGGGACCGGGAGGCCAAGCGCCUGCAGCGGAUGCAGGAGACGGACGAACAGAGGGCCCGCCGGCUGCAGCGAGACCGCGAGGCCAUGAGGCUGAAGCGGGCCAACGAGACUCCCGAGAAGCGGCAGGCCCGGCUCAUCCGGGAGCGGGAGGCCAAGAGGCUCAAAAGGCGCCUGGAGAAAAUGGACAUGAUGCUGCGGGCCCAGUUCGGCCAGGACCCCUCCGCCAUGGCCGCCCUGGCAGCCGAGAUGAACUUUUUCCAGCUGCCCGUAGGCAGCGUGGAGCUGGAGAGCCAGCUCCUGGGCAAGAUGACCUUCGAAGAGCAGAACAGCAGCUCGCUGCAUUGAGCCGGGACCCCCCCCUCCCUCCACCUCCCGGCGGCAAACCCAAACCCGAUCCCUGCCUGUCCGUGAGACCCCCCCCUCCCCUCCGAUCCCACAGUCGGGGCGGCCCUGGCACGGCUGCGGGUGGACCCGAGCUCCCCUUGCAUGCGGGAGGCGGGGAUGGGGCCGGGAACGGGCACCGGGGAGGAACCGGCCGGACGCCCCCGGCCCCUGCCGCCGGGUGGGCUCGGUGGCCCGGGGGGCCGCCGCCCCGGGGCAGCCCGCCGUGCUGCGAGGGCAAAUAAAUUAAUUUUAUCUCCA